CGUGUGUGUGCCCACGUGCGUGUGUUUUCUGAAGUCGUGGAGAGAGAGAGAGAGAGAGAGAGAGAGAGAGAGAGAGAGAGAGAGAGAGAGAGAGGAGUGUGUACGUGUGUGCCCACGUGCAUGUGUUUUGUGAAGGCGUGGAGAGAGAGAGAGAGAGAGAGAGAGAGAGAGAGAGAGAGACGUGGACUUAUCGUUGUUUGUUCUACAAUUAGCAUAGGAGCGAGAGAGGGAGCGGCCUGUGUUACUUCGCAGAGUAGUUCUCUCCAUCACUGUCUUACUUUUUCUUUUGGGUGGGUAUCUUAAACCGUAAGUGUUCAUGUAGUCCGUAGCAUAGACUAUUCCCGUCCUUAUCGAGGGAGACGCUAACCUUCUCUCGGCUCAACGAACACUUUAUUACUUCUUUUACAUGUAUUCGCCUUCCGUUCUUUGUUAAAGCUCCGUGCAUCUGAAUCUGAGGAUAUGAUAUGAGGAUAUUUGGCAACACUCGCUAGCUCCUUGUUGUUUUCUAGCCAAAAAAAAAAAAAAAGGAAGUCAUGGCUAUGGUGCUCUGAAAGGAGUCUUUCUUGGAAGCGUCAGCGACUACUGCGUUCAUCAUUGCAAAUGCCCCGUACUCGUCGUCAAACUGCCAAAAGACAGGGUAGUUGUCGACAACAGUGAAGGCUAACGGAACAGAACGAUAACAAAGAGAAGUAGACGGAAUGUAACGGAACGUAAUGUGGAAAUAAAAUCACGAUGAAUGAUUCUGCAAAUUCGUUGCAAUCGAGUUUGGUGCCACAGAGAGAGAGAGAGAGAGAGAGAGAGAGAGAGAGAGAGAGAGAGAGAGAGAGAGAGAACUGCGCAAGGACAAGUUGAUUACAGUAUUGGCGUCACCCUUGGGUACGCCGUGGACUUCGAGAUGGAUCUGGCUACUCUGUCCUCCGUGUUGCAGAUGGCAACGAGCCAAAAUCCUGAGGAGCGAAAGCUGGGAGAGGAUAGGCUGGUGCAGGGCAGCGCGAAGACGGAACGGUUUGGGGUAUUCAAGAAACAGCGCGCAGUUCACUGGGAAAUCGUGCUGACCGAUGGAGGGAGGAGAAUGAAGCCGUUGAAGGAUAGCUCAACUUUGCAAAGUGGGAGCUUGAGACAAAGGUGUAGUAUUGCAGUGGGAGAACACUCUUUCAGUGCAGCAAGUUGCUUCGUUCUGUAUUUGCAUUUGAGUGAGACGACAAUAACACUGUUGCUUUUCUGAUAACAUUGAUGAAUGAUAAGUAUUGAUAAGUUUUAUGAAUUCGUGUUUCACCAUGUGUUGAGGUUGCGUUGGAUGAAAAGCAACCAGAGGACUUGUUUGCUUCUUUUGAGGGACUGGGUCGCUUGUGUAUGCGACACGCCAAGGAGAGAGGAAGCUUACGUAGCUGCAGGUCGCCAUGUAGCUAUGCUGAAGUAAAGGACUCAAAGACUCCACAAAGGAGUGACAUUCUUCAAUCAAAACUUUAUUGUUAUGCCCCCAUGCCUCUGGAGGUUUUUGGGAGGAGAGAGGUUAGGUUGGCUAGGGUGGAGAAGGUUAGAGAAGUUGGUGAGGGGGCAGAGAAGGUUCCUUGUUGUAGAAGAGACUCCUCCAUGGCUAUCAUUGAUGCGAGGAAGAAUAGUUCAGAGAAGACGAGAGAGGCUGGAGGACAUUGCAACAAUGGUUAUUGUGUACUAUUCAGAUUUAGUCAGAGAAGAAGGGAGAGGCUGGAGGACAUUGCAACACUUGUUCUUGUGUAUUAUUCAGAUUUAGUCUUUGUGUUCCGAUUCAUUCUUUUUGUGUUGAUGUUCAUUGUCAUUCACUGCUUUCACUGUUGAUUGGUUUUAUGUAGCACUUGAAUA